GGGUUCGCGAUUUGACAGAAACUGAGUCGUGAUCAUCCGGUGGAGCCGUGGGUGGAUCGCCUUCCCUGUUUACCUCCCCCUGCGCUGAGAUUAUACCGUCGCUGCCAGCUUGCUCGGGACGACUAUCCGCUGCACUGAGGGGGGUAACGUCGGUCGUUUUGUGUCUCGGUGUGUGUGUGUGUGUGUGGGUGAGAGAGAGAGGGAGAAACGGACUCGGACACCGGGGAUAUCCCCUCCUCCGGUUCGGUUGGACGAACAACGGAGCGAACGUCGUUUUCCCAGGCUAAGCUAACAGCGUUACGGGUGGGGGUGGAUGUCUGCGUCGGCCCUCCGAAAGCAAAUGUAAGUAGCGUCUCAGGAGUAUGUUGUGAGGCGAUGACAAGCACGGGAAGCGGAGCUAAUGGGGGAGAGCUUGUUGGAAAAGGGGGGAGACGUGUCAACGGAUGAGUAUCGGCUGAGCGAUCAAUAAAAUAAAAUAAAAGAGAGAGAGAGAGCGAAGCUAGUCGGUUAGCUCACGUUGAUCAAGGAAGUUGACUAGCCACCUUGCUAACUCGGCGACAAUUAACCGCACCAAAGGUUUGUGGUUGGAAAGAGAAAAGACCGAGUUGUUUAAUCAGAGCUGGAGAUUCAUAGAACAGGCAGGUGAUGAGACAUUUGUUUUGAGAAGCUGAAGUUUUUAUACAAAGUCACGUAUUGCUGUUUUAACCCCAGAAGAGAGAAAAUACGUUCGCUAUAAAAGUCCGAGCUUGUUGUAAACAAAGAGGGUCCGAGCUGCACCGGUCCACGGACACGGUUACACCUCGGGGUUCACGGACAGCGCUGGCUGGCUUUUUUUUUGUGUUUAGUUCUUUUUAUAUAUUUCUUAUUCAACAGUGAACACUUUGCACUCAGAGAUGGAUUUAAAGACCGCAGUUUUUAACGCAGCCAGGGACGGUAAGCUCCGUCUGCUUCAGAAACUGCUGGAGAACAAAGAUGGACACGAGGUGACCAAGCUGAUGGGCGAGAAGACAAACGGGGCCACCCCGCUCCUGAUGGCCUCCCGGUACGGCCACCUGGACCUGGUAGAGUACCUGCUGGAGUGCUGCAGCGCUCCCGUGGAGGUCGGUGGGUCGGUGAACUUUGACGGGGAGACCAUCGAGGGAGCGCCCCCUCUGUGGGCGGCCUCGGCGGCGGGUCACCUCAAAGUGGUCCAGUCCCUGCUGGGCCACGGGGCUUCUGUCAACAGCACGACCCUGACCAACUCCACACCGCUGAGGGCAGCCUGCUUUGAUGGCCACCUGGACAUUGUGAAGUACCUGGUGGAGCACAAAGCGGACCUGGAGGUGGCCAACAGACACGGGCACACGUGUCUCAUGAUCUCCUGCUACAAGGGACACAAGGACAUAGCGCAGUACCUGCUGGAGAAAGGAGCAGAUGUCAACAGGAAAAGUGUAAAAGGCAACACGGCACUUCAUGACUGUGCAGAGUCGGGAAGUCUGGAGAUCAUGCGGAUGUUACUGCAGUAUGGGGCAUCCAUGGAGCAGGACGGUUACGGCAUGACACCCCUGCUCUCUGCCAGCGUCACAGGCCACACGAACAUUGUAGACGAACUGACAACGCACCAGCAGACGAGCCCCAUGGAGCGCAUCGAUGCCUUGGAGCUCUUGGGAGCCACGUUUGUUGACAAGAAGAGAGAUCUGCUCGGAGCUUUAAAAUACUGGAAGAGAGCCAUGGACCUCAGGUACAUGGACAGUAACAACAUUGUCCAUAAACCGGAACCCAAGCAGCUGAUCAUGGCAUACGACUACGCCAAAGAGGUAACAAACGGAGAAGAGCUGGAUGGGCUGAUAUCUGACCCGGAUGAGAUGCGCAUGCAGGCCCUGCUCAUCCGAGAGAGGAUCCUCGGCCCCCAGCACCCAGACACCUCUUACUACAUCCGUUACCGCGGUGCUGUCUAUGCUGACUCUGGGAACUUUGAGCGCUGUAUCAAUCUGUGGAAGUAUGCGCUGGACAUGCAGCAGAGCAACCUGGACCCGCUCAGCCCCAUGACAGCCUCCAGCCUGCUGUCGUUCGCUGAGCUCUUCUCCUUCAUGCUGCAGGACAGGGCCAAGGGGCUCCUGGGGACAUCGGUGUCAUUUGAGGACUUGAUGGGGAUCCUUUCCAAAAGUGUGUUGGAGAUCGAGCGGGCGGUUAAACAAAACGGACCUAUGCCUCCUGACCCUGCCCAGCUUAGCAAGGCCCUGUCAAUCAUCCUGCACCUCAUUUGUCUUUUAGAGAAGGUGCCGUGUACUGCAGAGCAGGACCACUUUAAGAAGGAAACUAUCUAUAGAUUCCUGAAGCUUCAGCCGUGCGGUAAGAAUGGCUACAGUCCACUACACCUGGCGGUCGACCGCAACACCACCUGUGUGGGCCGCUAUCCCGUCUGCAAGUUCCCCUCCCUCACAGUCGCUUCCAUCCUUCUCGAGUGUGGGGCGGACGUUAACUGCCGCGAUGAAGAUGACAACAGCCCCCUUCACAUCGCCGCGUCCAAUGGUCACCCGGACAUCAUGAACCUGCUGAUUUCAUGCGGGACUCACUUUGACAGCACCAACGCCUUCCAACAAACAGCCUGCGACCUCCUGGACGAGAAGGAGCUCUCCAGGAAUGUCAUCCAGCCCAUAAACCACACCACGCUGCAGUGCCUAGCCGCCAGGGCCAUCAUCAAGCACAGCCUCAACUACCGGGGAAACAUCCCCGAGAAACUAGAGGCCUUUGUCUUGCUCCACAGAUAAUUGUGAACGAGUAGAGGGGGAUGGAUGAAAAGAGGAAAGGGUGUGAUUAUAUCAAGCGGACUGGACGGAGUGAGGAGCACUAUAGUUCAAUGCCUAACCCAUGAGGGGUUUGAGGAGCUGAAGGACAGUUACGUGGGUUUGGUAAGGAGUAUGAACUUGAAGAUUCAUGUGAACAAAAAUGUCCUCAUUCAACCAGGAUAAACUGAAAAAGGAAGGGAGUAAACGGAGGAAUGAGUUACCAUUUUUCUUCCUCUGUUUGCUCUUUCGCGGAGCCACAGCUCUGACUGCUCACAGCCC